AUGGCGAGCACGGCAGGGGCGAGGAGGUCGACGACGUCGUCCCUGGCGAAGAGGCACGCCUCUGUUUCGGAGAAUUUCGGGAAAACGGCGGCGGCGGCGGCGACCGCCGCGAAGAAGCGGCCGGCGCUUGCCAACAUCACCAAUCAGAGGCAUGGGGGUGUUUCUCAGGGUUCGGGCCGGGCAAAUGUUCCGGAGUCGUCGAAAAUUGUGCUCUGUUCAACAAAAAUCGCGAGCAAUAAGAAGGGGCCUUCGGCAUCAAAAAACGCCGUUAAUCUGCCACAAACUUCAACUGUAAAGCAAAAUGUGGCUGCCGCAGUUCGAGCUGCUACAUCUUUACCAAAGAGUGAUGUUAUGCUCUCUAAGCCUAAUGUGGCUUCCAUUUCAUGCAGUGUGGAACUUUCUCUAGAUAAAUCCGAUUCACUCUCCAUAUCUAUGGAUAAUGACUCUAUGUCCACCUGUGAUUCCCUUAAUAGCCCUGAUAUCGAAUACAUGGAUAGCAAUGAUCUAGCAGCAGUUGAUUCAAUCGAGCGGAAAGCUUCCAAUUCACUUUGCAUUUCGAAAAACGAGCAAAUUUCAGGGAGUAUGUGCAAGCGUGAUGUUCUUGCAGCAAUAGAAUCGGAUGAGAAGAUUAUAGACGUUGAUGAGAAUCUUGAUGACCCGCAGUUAUGUGCGACUAUUGCGUGUGAUAUCUACAAGCACUUGAGAGCUUCCGAGGUAAAGAAAAGGCCAGCUACUAACUUCAUGGAAAAGGUGCAAAAGGACAUUAAUGCUAGCAUGCGAGCAAUUCUCGUCGAUUGGCUUGUUGAGGUAAAAUGA